UCAGAACUGCUGGUAGCUGAUGAGUUGAUGAGUUGAGUGCUCAGGUUGCGUCUUGGCCAACUUUCAAAAUCGUCAUCCUGCGCACAGAGCAAACCAUGCGACGCCCUGCACUCUGGCUCUAUGCUGCGGCAGCAGUCGCGGCGGCUGACUGGGACUGCGAAGUGACACUCGACAAGGUCCGCUUCAACCUCAAUGCGCUCGCAGGUGUGCAUCGCUUGACUGUCUCUCAUUCUACGCCACCCACCAUUACCAACACAACGUAUGCACUGGAUCUGUGCAGCCCGCUGCCUCUCGAUAAGAAUGUGGAUGCUGCGGAGCAGUGUCCAGAGAACACCUUUGUAUGUCGAACAAAAGCGGCCGUGAAGCAAGAGACAGAGACAAUUGUGGAAGUACUUGCAAUGGGCGUCAACGGGCCCAAGGCGACCAAGUCAAAGGAUGGCUUGUCGCUUGCCUUCUCUGGCUUGGAGAAUGGGGACGGCGAUGCACAGAGCGCCGUGGUUGAGCUCGUCUGUGACAAAAAGGCAGGCAACGGUGAGCCGACGCUCGAGAGUGACAAGGCCGGCAAAGCGACCAUUGAAUGGAAGACCGUGCAUGCAUGCGAGGAUGACCCAGAGCGAGAUGUACCAGCACCAGGCAAGCCGUCCUCUCAUUGGGGUUUCUUUACAUGGUUCUUUUUGGUUGUCUUUAUGGCAGUUGCUGCACUCCUGCUCAUGACGCUCUAUGGCAAUUACUCUCGCUAUGGCACGAUAGGCAUGGAUCCUACGCCCACAGUAGACACGGUGCGAGAUAUUCCAUUCUUGUUCAAGGAUUUCGCCAACCAGGUGGUUGAGACUGUCAAGGGAUCCGGCGCGAGAUCCGGGUACAGUGCUGUAUAGAGCAGAGAGCAGUAGCAACAGGCAUUGAAGUAGUUGUUGAGCAUAGACCAUAUUUGUGACUGGCUUUUGAGCGCCAGCACGACCGCAGCUCAGACCAAGAGACGACAUCAAGGCUCAGAGCUCUCUCUCUCUCUCAUAUAUAUCAUGGCCGCCGCUGCUCCUGCUGCGCAGCAAAUCACGCUCACAUCUUCCGACAAUGAGUCCUUCCAAGUGGAUCUCGAAGUCGCAGAAAAGUCGGUACUCAUCAAGAACAUGGUGGAGGAUAUCGGCGAAGACGACACUGUGGUGCCCUUGCCAAACGUGAAUGCCAAUGUUCUCAAGAAGGUGCUCGAGUGGUGUGAGCAUCACAGAAAGGACCCAAAUCCAGACAGGGAGGAUGACAAUGCCAAUAAUGCGCUUGCAAAG